AAUUGCACUCAACGACACACAUGAUAACCGACAAACUUCUAUAAAUAACAAAUCACCAUAAGUUUUUACAUCAAUAUAUAAUGAACUUUUGUCAACCUCAUAUAUGUUAAUCGUAAAUAAAUUUUGUUAUAGCUCGUAAAUAAUUUUAUUUUUGUUGUUACGUUAAAAAAUAGAAAAUGCCUGCAGACAGAUAAAGUAAAGCUCGAAAUUGUCUUUACGACAGCGCCAAGAAGAAAAAUGGAGAAACGCCUCCGUAUUAUUCCUCCGCCAAUCACUUCCCAACACUUCGUUUCUGACGAUUCCCGCCGCCGCCUUGUUACCUCCGAAAUUCCCAACGGAGAUCACUAUUUCCUUCCAUUUCAACAUGAUCAAUCCUCCCUAUUCUACCCUCCUAUUUUCUUUUCAACUUCCCCUCUCUUACAUUUUCGCUUCCGAUUCUUACAGGUAAGUUCUGGAUAUGGAAAGAAUGGGUGAGAUAGAUACGAAACCUAUUGAUUCUGUUCAAGCCGGGAUUUCUCUGUUUGGUGCAAUAGGCGAUCAGAAUAAACACAAGAUUACAGCCAAUAACGGGUAUGAGAAGGAAAGAGAGGUUCAAGAGUUGGUGAAGGAUUUGGCUAAUUCCAAGGUUCAACUUGAAGCGAAGGAUUCAGCUCACAUGCAGGCUCUUCUCAAGCUGGAACAACAACAGAAAGUCAUCAAUAAACUUUCUGAGUUGCUGAAAAUUGCGGAGAAUAGUAGAGAUAAAUAUGACUUUGAAUGCAGCGAAGCUAGAGUCCUGCUCGAUGAACUUGAACUAAAACAGAAUGAAACGACUGAUCAAUCCUUGGCAACUGAAAAUUUUCAAGAGGAGCUUUGUAUUGCUAAGAGUGAGUUGAAGAUCAGACAAGAGGAGCUUCCUGGCAUUGAAACAGAACUUUCAGCCCGGGGAGAGUCGGAGGUUGAGGAUAUUACAAAAAUAAAGUUCCCGGAAAAUAAGGAAAAUGAUUGCCUCUCAGAAAAAGAAAGAACUGUAGAUCUCAUAAGACACAUCUCAGAAUUGAAUGAUGCAAUUCGUUUGUCAAAAUUUGCUGCUUGUGAAGCAGAGAAGGAGAUGUCUGCUGCAUUAUUGGCAAAAGAUGCCGAGCUAGAGCUGGCUAAAGAAACAGUUGUUGUGUUGCAAAAGCAAUUAGAAGAGACGAGCAAGCAAGCAGAAUUGGACAUGGGGCAUAAUCAACUGAAAGAAAUAAACUUCGAAAAUGAAGAAACUGAAAAGUUCAAGAACGAGAUGGAAACACUUAAAAACCAGUUGGAGAAGAUGGAACUUGAAAUGAAUGAGAUGAGAGAAAGAGAAACUAAUGCUGAGGUUGAAAUUGCAUUGCUGAAAUCUGAGCUUCAUAAAGGAAGGUCAAAAAUUGCAGCAUUAGAGGCAAAUGAAGCCAAAGCUGAGAGUUCAAAAUCCAGCCUUCGUCCACUUUAUGAGAGAAACUCUUCAAGCAUGGAAGAAGAUUUGAACCUUGAAGUCAACGAAAGAAGGAAUGAGAGUGCCACCAUAACAGUUACUUCGAAGGAUUACCAGUCGUCAAUUGAGAAUAUUGACCAAACCUCUAAACUCUCACCAGACAAAACUUCUCAUCAUAAUAUCAAUUGUGAGUGCACAGAUGAAUUAGAAAAGUUGAAGAAGGACCUAGAAGCAGCAACCAUAAGAAUUGGGGAGUUCCGGUCACGUGCAGAACAGGCUGCCACUAGAGCUGAGAUGGCUGAGAAAGCAAAAGAAGCCAUUGAAGACCAGCUAAGAAAAUGGAGAGAGCAUAAACACAAAAAAAAGGCUGCUCUUGCUGCCAUGAAGGAAGUAUCUGCAUCAGCACCACCAAAGUUCAAUUCUUCAUUGUAUGGAGACACCAACACAGUCUAUCAGCCUUUAGGUAAGGUUCUCAACUUAAAAUUUUAGUUUCUAAAACUUAUACAACCAAAAUAGAUAUAUGGAAAAAGCUUAUACUAUUAUUCUCCGAUACACCUUCCAAAAGGAAUACCCUAUAGGAUUUAUGUGAUAAAAGUAAAACUUCAAUCAUCAAACCCCAUCCACAUGGGCCUGAAUGUGGAUAAUGGGCUAGAACAAUUUAGGCCCAUUGGCUAAAAUGAUAAAAUGACAAACAUGUUCAUGUUAAAUAAAGGCUAGCUUGAUUAGAGAAUUUGCUUUCUAGGAAAGGUCCCACUCUCAAUCACCCAAAAGACUUUUAAUAGUGCUGGGCAUCUAUCACUUUGCUUUAUGGGUUUGAAUCUUGAGACCUUCAUGGCUUUACAAUUCAACAUAACUAUUUAUAUUUUGACAAAGUUGUGUUCCCUUUACCAAUUCCCCAUUCUAUCUCAACAAAGUAAGCUAUCUACUUUUUGUUGUUAUCUAGAGAAUGAAGAAAACUUUCCACCUUAUUGAAAUUGCUUUAGUUUUGGUUCCAAUGUAAAUGUACCUCCUCUUUCAUGGAAUAACAAAGUAAAAAAAAAAAAAAAAUUCGAAAACAA